UCUAGCUAUUAUAAAAACUUCUUCAGAACGGAGAAAGCAUUUUCGGGAGUUACAAGCAGCAGAUUACUGAACUCUUUCAACAAAUUAUUUGCCCAUUAAUCGAGUGUAAUCACCUGCUGAACAGUGUUUACGACUGUCCGCUUUACAUCUCGUUCAGAAGUUAAGAAAAAUACAUCACAUUCAGGCAAGCAGCGGACUCUACAAAAUGAACUCAACCUACAAGCUCGUUGUUGUUGGUGAUGGUGCCGUCGGGAAAACGAGCCUCCUUUUCAGCUACGCAACGGAAAGAUUUCCCAUCGACCACAUUCCAACAGUUUUUGACACCUAUUCUGUAUCGGUGUCAGUUCUGAAUCAACUGCAAGUUCAGCUGAAUGUGUUCGACACGGCUGGACAAGAGGACUACGAUCGCCUUCGACAUCUUGCCUACCCAAACACCGACAUCUUCCUCGUUUGCUUUGCCGUAGACUCUCCUACGUCGCUGGAGAACGUCAGAGACGUAUGGGUACCUGAGAUUCGGUGCUAUCAUAACUGUGGUCGACCCAUUCCUUUCAUUCUGGUGGGACUCAAGGCAGACCUCAGAACCGGGCCAGCAGAUGAACCACCGCGGCGAGCGUCUUGGUGGGAAAAGAGGAGGAGUCGACUUGCAUCAGCGGAACACGUGACAAGCGAGAUGGGCGAGGCGAUGGCUAAAAAGCUUGGGGCGGUUGCUUAUAGGGAGUGCUCGGCACUAUCUCAACACGGAAUCAAGGCCAUUUUUGAUGAGGCUGUAAUGGAGGUUGCUGUGAGGCAACUCAAGCCUGCUCGACGUUGCUGUAGGGGGAAGACCUCCAGCUCCGGUAAUAUAAAGCGUACGAUACGGAGAUUGGUUUGUGGUAGUACACUUCAAUGCACGAGAGAUGCACACUAAACAGGUGGCGGGAAAAGGGAAAAUAUUGCAAGUUAAAUCUGAUAACGUGUGAGAAUAAAGUAUAGAACAAAAAGAAGAUAACGUCGGGUAACAUUUUCUAACGAUUUAGAGUUCCUUCGUGCCUGUAUAAGGGCCCGUCCAAAGUAAUCCCCUUAAAACGUGUCCGUGUAUUCCCAUGUAACCAUAUUAUUUUAACAGUAUUUUUGUCUUGUCAUCUUAAAAGGCAUAUUCGAUCGUCAUUUCAAUUAUAUGCCUGUAUACAAAUUUGCAUAUUGCCUAAGCAAAAAGUUUGAUAUUGCAAAAAUAAAUCGUAACUGUAACCACUUGCACGAAAAUUUUCCAGAAAUUCAGAUUUUUUGCCGCCUUUCAUCUGUCAUAAUUAUGUUGUUUCCCACGUAGACAAAUGAAUGUGACUUUCUCGUGACUAAAUAUAUUGGCAUUAUUUGCAUAUUAGCGGUUCACAAUUUGAACAUGAAAGCCCGAAAAAUUUCAUAUAACAUCAGAGAAACAGCGCCCGUAUUUGUCAAGAAAUUUUUUUACGAAUUUCUCAAUACGAUUACCCAAAAGGAAUGUGAAUGUAAUUAUCAUACAGUAAAGAAAAGAUUGGUCCUUUAAACUUGUAGAUACACUUUCGUAAAUAAAAAUCGCAUCCAUGAAUAGAAUCUUUGAAGAUGAUAUUCACUACAAAGAGUUUUCGAUAUGCUGCGAUAUCAUAAAUAUGUACAUUAUUUAUUGUCACUAUGAUGUUAGUGUCAUUCUUCCUGUCAACUGAAAUUGUACUGUAUAAGUCAAGGCGAAACAUAAGGAGGAACGCACUGAAAAGUUUACUUAGUGCAGUAAUAUGUUUAAACAAUUUCCAAUUAACGGUAUAAUCAAAUACCCGGUUAUAGUUAGUCUCCCCCAUUUAUAGUUUGUGGAUUGUCGUUUUUGUUUUUCAGUUGUACCUUUUAUCUUGUGAUGUGAGGAAGAAAUAGUCCGUUUAAACCGAGUCGACCCAAAAUCCUGUAUGUCGUAGCAGCUUUCAGAAAUUCUGUAGGCUGGCAGGCUCUUCUUUUUUGUCAAACGAAUAGCUUAGUUACAAGUCGUGCGAACCUGUAUACGAUCUUAGAAUUUGGUUAGAAAAUGCUUGAGCAGGUUUCCCAAAAUAAUAAAAUUCACAGCUGAGCUCCAAAAUGUUAUCAUUAAAGAACGUAAUUCGUAAGCGCCCAGGUUCAGAAAAUUGGGAGUCGAAACGUCUGUCAACAUAGUCCAAUCGCAGGAAAUGCUGAGGCUUCCCAGCAGACGGUGGUCAAGCCACCAAAACACUAUGGAGUUGGACAUCAGGCCUGAAUUGGUAACCUCUGUAUGACUUUAAAAUUAUUUAUAAUGUAAAUUUCAGGAGCAAAUCUUUGGCGGAUUAAUGUUUGAUCACUAGGUUAAAGGUGUUUGAUGUCAUUUGUCCACAGGUAGAAGAGUAUUUUGUGGCUUUUUGAUGAAAUAAA